AUGAGUGUGGUGGUGGCAGCCGAGAGCCAGCGGGGGCCCGGGCCCGGAGGAGCGGCCGAGGCGCGGUGCCGCGGCUGAGACCGGUGGUGCCGAGUCCCCGUGUCCCCACCCCACCCCCCGAAUCCCACCACGUCCCCCCUCGCCCUCGCCGUGGCCGGACCCACGCGGAUGGAAAGCUGCAGCCCGGCAGGGAGCCUCGCUGGCCGGCUGACGCCAUCCCUAUGCCCCAGCCCUAUGCCGGAGCGGGCUCCUUCCCCGGCUCAGCCGCCCGCCGACCAUGAAGUGCUCCUUGCGCUUCUGCUUCCUCUCGACCGCCUUCCUCCUCGUCUUCGUCAUGUCCCUCCUCUUCACCUACUCCCACCACAGCAUCGCCUACCUGGACCCCGGCGGGCUGGGCGGCAUCCACCGGGUGAAGCUGGUGCCCGGUUACGCCGGCAUGCAGCGCCUCAGCAAAGGGGGGCCAUACCCCCCCCGGGGCUGCUCCUGCCGCCGCUGCCCCCCCGAGGAGGCCGGGGCCGCCGACUGGUUUGAGGGGCGCUACGACGCCACCAUCUCCCCGGUGUGGACCAAGGAGAACAUGGACCUGCCCCCCGACGUCCAGAGGUGGUGGAUGAUGCUGCAGCCCCAGUUCAAGUCCCACAACACCCACGAGGUCCUCAGCAAGCUCUUCCAGAUCGUGCCGGGCGAGGAUCCCUACCGCUCCCGCGACCCCCGCCGCUGCCGCCGCUGCGCCGUGGUCGGCAACUCGGGCAACCUGCGGGGCUCUGGCUACGGGCCCGAGAUCGACGGGCACGACUUCGUCAUGCGGAUGAACCAGGCCCCUACGGUGGGUUUCGAGGGCGACGUGGGCGGCCGGACCACGCACCACUUCAUGUACCCCGAGAGUGCCAAGAACCUGCCCGCCAACGUCAGCUUCGUGCUGGUGCCCUUCAAAACCCUGGACCUCCUCUGGAUCGCCAGUGCCCUCUCCACCGGCCAGAUCAGGUUCACCUACGCGCCCGUGAAGCCUUUUCUGCGGGUGGACAAAGAAAAGGUGCAGAUCUACAACCCUGCCUUCUUCAAGUACAUCCACGACCGCUGGACGGAGCACCACGGGCGCUACCCCUCCACCGGCAUGCUGGUGCUCUUCUUUGCCCUCCACGUCUGCGACGAGGUGAACGUCUUCGGGUUCGGCGCCGACAGCCGGGGCAACUGGCACCACUACUGGGAGAACAACCGCUACGCCGGGGAGUUCCGCAAGACGGGGGUGCACGACGCCGACUUCGAGGCCCACAUCAUCGACAUGCUGGCCAAAACCAGCAAAAUCGAGGUUUACCGGGGGAACUGAGGGGCUGGGCCUCCUCCGGGCUCCCCUGCGCCGGCGGGGACAGAGGGCCAGGGUCUCCCCGGUGGCCCCAGGGGGGGACAAGAGCCGGGUGGGCUCAGCGUGGCCCCGCGCCAAUGGCAGAGCCACUGCCCCCCCCCCCCAGCGAUAUUCGGUGCCUCCAGCAGCCAAUCAGGUUCAGAGCUAAAGGAGACUUUUUGCUUUUUUUUUUUUUAAUAAUUAUUAUUAUUAAUUAUUAUUAUUAUUAUUAUUAUCAAGGAACCCAGCUGAGAAGGGAUUUGUAAACACAAUCAGCGACUGACCGGGCGGGCGGGGGCGUCCGCCUCGCAUCUCUUUACAGUCAAACCAAAUGCUGCUCUUUUUAAAACAAGACACACACACACACAAAAAAAACAAAAAACAAAAAAACAACAACAAAAAAAACCCCAACCACCCCGGAGCUGGGUGACUUUGGGGAGCACCCAAGCAUCGCGCCGGGGCCGAGGGAGAUGUGGUGGCCGAGGGCUUGGCUCCCCCCUCCCCGGUGCCGCAGCCUCGCCAGUGGAACCAGCUGCUUCUUUCUUCCUUUAUUUUGAUAUAUAUAUAUAUUAUAUAAUUAUUUUUUUUAACCCACCUGGGGCAGCCCUGGGGGAAGGCUCCUGGUCUGGGAAGCGCGUGGACCCACCGUGAGGAGCCGGCAGCGGCGGGACGUCGACCGUGGCUGAUGGGGGAUGGAGAGGAACCCCCCCCCCAACUUUGGCAUCCCCCCUCCCCUGCCUGAGGACUGAGGAUGGGUAGGACGGAUUUUGGGAGCCAUCGGGCAAAAGGCAGCUAAAAAUAAACCACAGGAGCAGCAGCCUGGUCCCUGGGACUGGGGUUUCCUGGCAGGAUGCUGGAGGGAUGCGGGAUGCGGCAGCCGGUCCAGCCCCGCCAGAGAGGAGGAGAAGAGGUUUCCCUUUGCUUUCAGGCUGGGGAAAAAAGAAGAAAAAAAAACAAAACAAA